GUUUUAAUCAGCGGGGCUUCCCAUGAGCUUCUUGCCGGGGCGGAAUUGACAAGAUCUCACUCAAGAGACUUUCAGAAAAUAAUUCUGCUUUGCCCAUAUGCUAUUCAACAAUAUGGUUUUACAUAAAGUUGUGUAAAAAAAUAAGUUGGCAUGAGCAGACCAAAGCCACCACCCCCCCCCAGGCCUGACUUGGGGGAGACAAAUGAUGCAUUGGAAGAUGAGGCCACCUCUAGCAACCCUCCGCCUGCACCUAAACCAGUCCCUGUCAAAAAGUCGGGUCCACCCCCCAUUCCAACCCGACCAGAUCUAGAAGAGGAAGUGCCAAAUGGAGGACCGUCUGGACUAAAGAUCGCUCCUCCACCAGUAUUAGCCAAAAGCAAGAGUGGAAGUAUGAGAGCCAAAGGCAGGCCUGAGAUAACUAUCAUCUCUGCACAGCCAAUGGGAAGUGUCAUAUCCCCUCCUGCUGCAGUAGGAACAGUUACCAGCAAACAAACCCCACCUGCACCCCAAGCAGCCCCUCCUGUACCCCAGCAACCUGGCACACCCAUCAACCCAUUCCAAGAUGCCCCUCCCAUUCUAGCCAGACCAGCGCUUUUAAACUUUGAACAACCAACUACAGACCACCAACUUACAUCGUCACAAACAGAUCUUAUGCAAAUAGCCUCACCAACCGCUUCGCAGACAUUUACACCAAUACUACAACCAUCUUAUCAACCAACAACACCUCAACAGCCCUCCCUUCUAGAUGAACCCAUUGUGACACCACCUAUUCCAUCUCCAAGUGAGAGUAGUUCUCCCAAAAGACCCAAUAGAAAGACAAAAAGGCAGACACCCCCACAGAGGCCAAAGUCAAAACCAGUGUGCGAGUUGCCGGUUGAAGGAGACCCCAGCCCUUCUAAGAAUACAACACUGGUAAUGGCAAUGGAGACUAUUGGUGAGGGCGGGGUAGUUGACAACUCACAUGGCAAAGCACUAGAUUCAAAGAAUAUUCAACAGUUGAAUGUGAGUGGCCAGGGUAAUGCAGAAGAUAGUUUUGUGUCGGGAACGACACAAGCGAGCACAAUCCCCACGGAGAAGCCACGGCCUGUUGUCCCCACAGCAAGACCAAUACCAAAUGGAGGUGAGGAGACGACAACAGCGACAAACCAAGCAUUUCCCAGGCUUCCACCUCCGCCAGCUAAAAAGCCUAAACCUGCAGUGUCUGCAAAACCUCAAGUCACAAGAAGACCAAGCCUCAAACAGUCACCUGCUCAGAAUCAAGGUACAGUUGAAGAAACCCCUACUCAAGCAAAUCCUCCUAAAGAGAAGCCAACUAUAAUGAUCCCCCCAAAAAGGAAAAUAGUAGGCUCAAGUACUUUUUUCAUGGACACAAACGAUGAUCUACCGACUGUGCUUUCUGGUAAUUCAGACUCUUUAGAGCAAGUGGACCAAAGCAAGAAAGCUGCAGAAGAAAAAUCAACAGAACAGUCAGUACCAGUUAAGAAGAAAAACAAACCAACUGUUAUAGUCGCCGAGAAGCGAAAAGUCCCCGAGAAUGUCAAGACACAAGAAGAUUUUAAAAUACAAGAACCUAACUAUGCAGUGCAGCCAGUUGAAGACAAUCAAUCCAGCAAACCGAAAAAAGAGCCGAGAUUAAUAAGACCGAAAAGAAAUAAACCAAAAGGGAAAGACUUGAGCGAAGGUACAGCGUUUGACAAAACAACAGAAACUUUAAAAACAGAUAUAGUGAGUACCGAUGUUAAUAGGGGAUCACCAGAAGGGGAGAGUCAGGAGAUUCCUAACAAAUCUAAAAAGAAGGCUCCCCCACGCCCAGGUCCCCCUAGACCAACACCAGCUAGACCUGCACCCCCAAGACCCACGCUAACAACGAAGGAGACAGCAGAAUCAAAGGUAGACCCUCAGCAAGGGAAAAAUCGAGCCAGGCCCAAACCACCGAAGCCAUUUGAAUCUGAUACAGAUAAGCCGAGACCGGCAACCUAUGGCGAGGAAAGGAACGAACCAGGCGUAGACGAGGGUAGGGUUACCACAGAAUCGCCUGUGAAAGGAAAGCCUCUGAGACCAAACGCACCUGUGCCCAAGGGACUUGAGUCGGGACACCUGAAGAAACACACUCCAAAAGCGCAGCCCCCAGAAUCAAGUGUCGUCUCUUCAGUUCAGCAGACGAAGAUCGAGCCCUCUGCCAUCGCUCUGUUCGACUACGAGUCUGGUGCUGAUGGAGAUCUGACCUUUCAGGCUGGGGACGAGAUCGCGCUGCUACAGAGGGUCGACAAGGACUGGUACGUGGGCAGGCGCGGUGACAAGGAGGGAAUGAUGCCUGUGUCAUUCGUGGAAAUUAUCGAGGACCUCCCACCGGACAGUAAACCAGUAAAACAGGCCCCUCAGCCACCCUCAUCGGGGUCAAGCACAGAAGUCAUCGCAUUGUACAGCUUCACUGGCGAAUCAGAAGAUGAACUUACAAUGUGGGCUGGAGAUACCAUUCAACUGCUCGAGAUCGUGAAUGAUGAUUGGCUCAAAGGCUCAUUGAAUGGCAAGACAGGAAUUUUCCCUUCAAGCUACGUGGAACUUACUCCUGCAAUCAAAUCCGAACUAAUGUCAAAGAAGCACGAUACUUUGGGCGAAAAACAUCAAAGAGAUCAUUCCAUACCCCUGGCUAAUACUGUGAUCUCAGGACCAAGCUGUAAGGCGUUGUACGAUUACCCUGGCGAGGCGCCCGAUGACCUGACGUUCUACCAAGGUGAUGUCAUUCGGCUUAAGGAGAGGAUAAGUGAUGAUUGGUUGAGAGGUGAAGUGCAUGGCAUGACGGGAAUGUUCCCAGCAGCCUUUGUGGAAGUUCUACAGGAUUUGCCGGCUGAAAGCUCAACCCCUCUAUCUGAUUCUCAUUCAUUGGGGACCGUACAACUCCCAGUAACCACAGCCCUGUACGAAUACCAAACUAAUGUACCAGGUGACCUAGCCUUCGCACAGGGUGACCACAUCACUAUAGUCGCGCGCAUUAGCGACGAGUGGCUUGAAGGGAUGGUGGAUGAUAGACGAGGGAUUUUACCGGCAGCAUAUGUGGAGCCCGUAGAUCUAUCUCAGCUUGAAACACACAAGAAGGAAGAAAAACCUACGUCAGGACUUCCAAAGAAUAAGCCAAAAAAAUUUGAUAACCAAAGUUUGCUACCGAGGGUAGAGGCCUUGUUCGACUUUGAAGGCGAAGAAGAUGACGAGCUCUCGUUUAAGGCUGGGGACACCAUCGCCUUGCUAAGUCACAUUAAUAAGGAAUGGAUGGAAGGAGAGCUGAACAAUAGUGUAGGAAGAUUUCCUGCAGCCUUCGUUGACAUUAUAGUCGACUUGCCGCAUUGAUUUAAAUAAGAGAUGCAAUGGCCGCAGUUAUAAGAGGGCGACUCAAGGAAGCCACACCUCAUGUCAUUAUAAAAGCGUGAUGUAUUGUAUAAGGGCUUGACAACGAUUUUGGCGUCUCAGUGCUUUCAAAAGUUCUCUACGAGAACAUACCCGGAUCUCCCUAAAUGUGCAGCGUUCUCGACUUUGACAUUCCCCUUCCCGUUCUCCACAAGAAGAUAUUGCUUGUGAUAUGAACGAUUCCUUACGUUGUCAAGCCGACAUGACGGAAAAACCUGGAAAACGCGCAAUUCCAGAUAGAGAGAGAAGACACAAUUUCUUACAAUGGCUAUAGGUUUCUUGUAUUACGGACUGAUUUUCAAAACACAAAUAACGUGAGGCCGAAGUACACAUAACCAGAUUUUGGCUUUUUAAGAUAAUUUUUCCUUGAUCAUCAUUGCCCUGUGUAUCAGUUCAGGGACGAAAAGCUCAAAUUUCAAAUUACAAAAAGUCGCAUCAAUUUAAAAACAGUCGCACUUGAUAUUUUGUUUGCUAUAAGUUAUUAAGUACUCAGAGAAAUUCUCCGCCUUAUUCGAUGUGAAAUGGGCUUAUUGGGAGCGUCACGUCAUGUUUUUCCGUCAUGUAUGUCAAGCCCGUUACCAUAUCUAAUAUCCGGGUACAAGUAUGACGGGGAAGGAAGGAGGGACUUAUUGGCUUGGGUCGAACUUUUUGUUAUUGUUUUGGUAGAAAAUUUCUUGGAUAUUCUAGGGGAUUAACAUUUUACCAAAUUCACAUUUCCAAGUUUUUCUGUGAGCAGGGAAGCGAAAAGAAGUAUUACAUAUAGUAUAAACUCGGUGGUUUACAAUUGAGGCCUAGAAUUUUUUUAAAUAAAGCUGCUACCAGAUACUCACUAUUAGAUUCAGAGAAUUAAUAAUUAUUGAAAAAUUAAUUGAAUAUGGUAUUAUGAAUUCUAAUAUUUUUGUACAUUAUGUAAUGAUAGUAUCAGGGUAUGAACCGAAGUUUUUUAAAUGGGUGAUUGCUUUUUUGUAAAACGAUUUCUUUUGGCAGUCCACCUCAGGUUCCAAAUACUAAAGACUUGCGUCCAAAUUAUGUACAUUUCGUUACGUGAGAUUUUUAAAAGAAUAAACGUCAUAAAAUGAGACUGAACCAAGCCUUAGAAAUUAAAUAGAGAUCGACUUUUAUGUAAUAAAUGAACUGCAUGCA